AUGACGCCUCGGAUCGUCGAGUUGGCUGCCAAGAUCAGUGCUUCCGUCACAGGAAUGCAAGAGCUUUUAUCGGCCCAGGGAGUGACUUCACCAUCCUUCGACGAGGACAGUCCGAACGUCUGCCUCCUAACACAUUCCACCUCCCAGAUGAAGUUCUUGACGCGACGGCCGAACUGCAUGAGUUACUCAUGGAUCCUAUCCCGCUCACUUUCAAGUCCAUUGCCCAUUGAUGCUAUCUGCCGGUUCCACAUUGCCGACAUCGUACCUCCUGGUGGCCAAGUCUCUUUUGGUGAGAUUGCCGAGAAGAUAGGCCUAGAAGAACAGCUCGUCAGACGCCUGCUCAGGCAUGCCAUGUCUAUGCAUAUCUGGAAGGAACCCGAGUCCGGCAUGGUCGCGCAUACGAAAAUGUCCAAGUACUUCACCCUCCCCUAUGUGAACGACUGGAUCAGCUUUGGCGCUCAGGAAGGUUGGCCAGCUGCUACAAAGGGCUUCUGUCUGGCCAACAACACCGACAAGUCGAUUUUCGAGGUACUCGGUGCCGACCACGCACGUGCGAUGCGCCUUGCGUCUGGAGUUAAAGCCCACGAUCAUUUUCCCGGUUUUGCCAAUGCAGAGGUCUCCAAUCUCUACGAUUGGACUUCCCUGGGUAACGCAUUCAUCGUCCACGUGGGCGGAUCCAGAGGGGAGAUCGCCAUAGAACUGGCAAAGAGCUUCGGCGAGGUCAAGCUGCUAGUUCAAGAUAUGGAGAAGGCUAUUGCCGGCGCGGAGGCCAGUGUGCCGGAUGAGCUCCAAGGACGUAUCGAAUUCAAGGCGCAUAAGAUUUUUGAUACGCAAUCUGUGCAAGCUGAUGUUUAUCUCUUCCGCUUAGUCUUCCAGCUUUGGCCUGACAAAUACGCCCUCCAAAUUCUGAAAGCCCAGAUCCCGGCCCUCCAACCUGGGGCGAAACUCCUCACACAAGACUUGGUAAUGCCCGAACCGGGCGAAAUUCCACUGUGGAAAGAUCGUGAAUUGAGGGCGAUGGAUCUCAACGCAGGGGCCUCGUUCAACGGCCGUAAUAGAUAUAUGCAUGAGUGGAAAGCGCUACUGAAAGCGGCUGAUAAAAGAUUCGUUCUUCAGCGGGCCAUCUCCCCAGGGCGAUCUUUGCUGUCUACUUUGGAGAUAAUUUGGGAUGCGCCUAGCUCCACGAAAGCCUAA